AAUAGUGUGGGCAUAGUGGGAGCGCGCAGAAGCGGUUUCCAACGCAAUCGGAUUGUUUACUGUUUCCUCUCUUUUCGCGCAUGAAAACCAACGCGGCGUGCAUUUACCGUUUGACUACUUUGGAUGUGCACUCGCAAUAAAAAGUGUUCUUCGUAGCAUCAGUCAAUCAGCAGCAGCCGUGACACAAGAAACUUGUGUAGAGAUUUAUCUUCCGUCGACUUUCUUUGUUUAUUAAAAUCAUGUGAUUGUCCGAACAUUACAACGCGAUAUAAAAACUUGCGUGCGUGAUUUUUUAAAGAAAUAAGUGAAGUAUAACAAGUUUGGAUAGAAACAUGUUUGAAACUGUUUCGGGAAACGAGCGAUAUCAGUUUUUCAAUAAGAAUGAUGGGUGCCAUAUUCCAGGAUAUACUGGACAUUGUCCAACUUUAAGAUUUCAAUAUGGAACUUCUUAUGGAUCUAGAACCAAAGAAAUACUGCAAGAUUUAAAGCAGAAACAAAUAAUUGGAAAGCCGCGUCCUGCAUAUCGCUACAACAAUGAACACGACCGAGCUGUUUUACAGCCAAUUGAAAGGACCAAGGGCCAGACAACUGACCCCGCGUCUGAAACUAGAAACAGAGCUCCACGUUAUAUCAUCGGAUAUACUGGUUUCAUUCCAACUUUAAACUUCCGCUCUGGUAAAUCCUAUAGUCGCACGGCUGAUGAUUGCAUGCAUGAGUUUUCAGCGAAACAAAGGAGAGUUCCAGAACAACAAAUAAGCAAAAACAAACUGAGAUCUCUAAGCGCACCAAAAUAUAAAUCAGUGCGAAACAGCGACGAUGUUAAAUAUGUUUUACAAACAAAGCGCUCGGAUGUGGAUAGAUUUAAAAUAAGAGAUGUUUCUCCCGAAUGUCCACCAAUAGCUGGAUAUACAGGAUAUAUCCCAAAAGUUAAAGGCAACGAAGAGUCUUUGUCUCAACGGUAUAAUAAUGUAGUCAAACGUAGUUUGACAUUAUUGAAAGAAGAACGAGAUCGACAUUCCAAGUUUUUGAAGAGCAUGUAUAAUGAUGAGAAUUCUCAUCGUUAAAUGAUACAAAUCAAUCAUUAUUUCAUUUUUAAAAGAGGUAACGUUACGAAAUGCAGGAAAAUAACUCUAGAUUUAAUAUUACUCAUCUCAAUAUCAAAUAUCUAUGAAGUAUAUGAUUACUGCGAGCAUUCUGAAUUGCUUUCAAGUUUCGUUUGGUUACGAAACUGUGAUAAGCAAUGUAAUAAAGUGAAUUAUGUUGGGAAUUUCAUCCAAUUUUUAACGUUUUACGUAAUAUUAUGUUUCGGUUCAGAUUUUCUUGAGUAUGUAAUAAAAUAAAUACAAAAUAAUUUACAUAUCCAAAA